GCGCGGCCGGGGCGGAAGCGGCGGCGGGCGGAAGUGCCGGCGGCGGCGGCGGCCCGGGGCGGGUGGUGGGAGCGGGGCUGCCUGCCGGGACCCCCCGGGACUCAGCGCGACUCGCGCCGCCGGGAGCCGCGCCGCCGCCACCGCCUGCCCGGGCAGGCGCCGGUGCGCCGUUAGCCCGCGGCGGUUGCCUGGGGCCCUCGGCGAGGUAACGGCGCUGCUGCCGUGCGGAUGCGGCCUGGGGCGGGGCAGGCCCGGGCAGCAAGAUUUGGCAUAACAGCACUACAGAAAGAAAAUGACCCACUGGUUUCAUCGCAACCCGUUGAAGGCCACAGCUCCUGUUUCCUUCAAUUUUUAUGGGGUAGCUACCACUCCUGGUGCAACAAAGAUUUGCAAUGAUUUAAGAUUAUCUCGAACACGACUGUUGGAGCUGUUUACUGACUUGAGUUGUAAUCCAGAAAUGAUGAAGAAUGCAACUGACUUGUACUUCUCACUCUUGCAAGGUUUUAUUACUUCACUGGAUGACUCUUCCCAAGAAUGUAAGUUGCGAUAUAUUCAGAAUUUCAAAUGGACAGACACAUUACAAGGACAAGUUCCAAGUUCCCAGCAGGAUGCAGUGUUUGAACUGGUUUCCAUGGGAUUUAAUGUAGCUCUGUGGUACACAAAAUAUGCAUCAAGACUCGCUGGAAAAGAAGAUAUAACAGAAGAUGAAGCAAAAGAUGUUCACAGAAGCCUGAAGAUAGCAGCUGGGAUUUUUAAACAUUUGAAGGAAAGUCAUAUUCCAAAAUUGAUUACACCUGUAGAAAAGGGAAGAGAUUUAGAAGCUCGACUUAUAGACUCUUACAUCAUACAGUGCCAAGCUGAAGCUCAAGAAGUGACAAUUGCCCGGGCUAUUGAGUUGAAACAUAAUCCAGGUUUAAUAGCUGCUCUUGCUUACGAAACAGCUAACUUCUACCAAAAAGCUGAUCAAACAUUAUCCAGUUUGGAUCCAACCUAUGUAGGUAAAUGGAGAAAGUAUUUAAACUUGAAGACCUGUUUCUAUAUGGCCUAUGCAUAUUGUUACCAUGGUCAGACUUUGCUGACUGGUGAUAAGUGUGGGGAAGCAAUCAGAUCUCUGCAGGAAUCAGAAAAAUUUUUUGCCAAGGCUGAAGCAUUAUGCAAAGAAUAUGGAGAAACCAAAGGGCCUGGGACUACAGCCAAACCUUCUGGACAUCUCUUCUUUAGGAAAUUAGGAAGUUUGAUUAAGAACACUCUAGAAAAAUGCCAGAGAGAGAAUGGAUUCAUUUAUUUUCAAAAGGUGCCAGCAGACGCUCCCCAGCUGGAACUGAAAGCAAACUAUGGCUUAGUAGAGCCCGUUCCUUUUGAAUUUCCUGCCCUGAACGCACACUGGACUCCUGAAACACUUGCUGCAUUUGAUCUCACCAAGAGGCCAAAGGAUGAUACUGCUAAACCGAAACCAGAUGAAGAUGUAAAACCUCUGAAGGAACCAGAUAUAAAGCCUCAGAAAGACAGCGGCUGCCAGAUUUCUUAAGUGCCAUAAGUGCUUUGAAUUCCCUUUAAAACUAUAUUAAUUGGACUUUGGGGCUCUUAGUUCUGAUCCUCCUUUUUCUGAUUCUUCUUUUUAAAUUAGAAUACUAAUUUAAUUUGUUUUUAUUAGUAUGGAUCUAUCUUGCCUGAGAAUGUGGUGGAUUUCUAGAAGAAAUGUAUUUAUAUUUGACUUAUUUGUGGUUUUAGCGGGAUAUCAUAGAAUGAAUGGGCUUAAAUGUCCCUGUUGUGCCUCUAGAGAGUUUCUUUUUGUGGGUUUAGUUUCUACCCACAAAUAGCAAAGGAAGAAUCAUGACUGUAACAGUUGAGGAUUUUCCAUGAAAUUAUAUGCUAUAUAAUGUCAAAUUCUACAAACAGAUCUUAGCAUGAACAGUUGUAUUUGUUUAGGUUUGUCCCAAAGGCUUAACUCCCUGUCAUGUUCUGAUUCACUUAACUGCAGUGACUGAAGAAAAGCUGGAUUUGGUAUGUAGCAUUUGUAUAGUGUUUCACAGGACUUUCACAGAAUUUGGAAAACUUGGAGUUCUGCAUAAUUGGAGCACAGUUUAUAUUCUUCUAAAACUAUUGGACUCUGUUCUUUCCUUUAUAGAUUUGGGUUCCCGUAUCAGAGUUUACAAUAAGGUAUUUAAGCUAGACUGUCCUUAAAUCAAAAUCCUUUAUGUCAGAUUGCAUGUGAAAGUGAUGCAGCAAGUAAUGAGAAAGCUCUUAAAGGUAAUGCAUCAGUGUCAUUCAUUCAUAGUUCUUGAAUUCUGAAAGAUUUUAAAAGGUUAAGAGCUGCAGAUGGUUGAAAUCCCCUGGCGCUAGAAGAGCUCAAUUUGGAUGCAUGAAGUUGUCAUGCAUAAGAUAAUGGGGUUGUAAUUAAGAUGCUUUGUUUCCAUCUGGGUAGUGUCUGUGAGAAGCCAUCGGGAGAACAGGUAGGAAAGAUUAGCUGAAGAGCUAAUGACACAGUUGGGACAUCAAGCUCUAGAUUUCCUUUACACCAUAUGUAAACAGUGCUAUUUCCCAGCUUUCUCAGUAUCACACUGAAAUCGGCUCCAUAUGAAGAGAAUUUUCCAAAAGCCAAGUCCAGCGAAGACAGAGGAGGAAAGUACUCUGCAGAAUUUGCUUCUUCCGUAUCUUCCUACUGUGGAAAAUGUGAUAGUAUUCUUUAGUACUGAGCACUCCAAAACAUCCCUGUCAACAAAGGCUUUCUGAUUUAUUGCAAAUGUGAAAGAAUGAUAUCUGGUGUGUGUGUUGAAGUGAGAGCCUUGCAAUCUCCAGGUUGCAGUUGCUGUGUUUCAUUCUAUCUGAGAAAGAAACUGAACAGCCCGAAAAUGUUCCUGUUUAAACGAAGUUUGGUGAUAUAUGCACUUAGCACGACAGAUACCAUGGACGUAUUCCUUGCAUUGUACUGUUUGGUUCACUGUAGUCUAAUUCAGUGGUUCUGUGUUCGAAAUCUUUUGUGGGACUGGACCAGCUUACCAGGUGUGUAGCUCCUUGAAGGUCUGUGGAACAAAAACUACUGAGGGAGUUAAUAUGAACACAAGACUUUUCCUUGGAUAUUGGACCAAAGUACACAAUCAUUGCUGUAAAAGACAAAGAGAAUCUUAACGCUGACUGCCAUGGGUGAAUCAAAUGCAAAACUCACUCCAUCCAGUGAUGAAUCUUUCUUUCAACCAGUUCUGCACAUUAAAAACAAGUACAAAAUCCAGAGGAUCACCUUGGGAGAACAAGUUUCUGUUUUGAAGGAGCUUAUGUGGGUGGAGGAUAAUAAGUAUCUGGAGAGAUUUAUAUCAAAAAUAUGUCCAUUCCUUCCAACUGCACAGCAUACAGAAAGAGGUGACUGGGGUGUAUUUGAUGAAGAAUUACUCAGAUCUCUUCAUAACUUGAUCAGUUGACUUUUUAGGCUUCUUGCAUAGCUAAAAGACCCAGCUUAGGAUUUGCCAGAAUGGAGUGUGGAGCUACUCUGCCAAUGCAGAUAUUUUAAUACUCCUAAAAACUUACUACAGCUGUAGUCAUCUGCAUCUGCUUAGCCUGACCCCUUUAAGGAUCAAGACUCAAUUAGCUGGAUUUCGUAAUCAUGAUUUGUCAGUUGCUCAUUGUUUUUCAGAAGUCUGUCUGUCAGUGCUGACAGGUCUCAACCUACUUAAUGGUUCUUUCUAAACACACUAGAUUCCAUUUUCCUUUUUCCCCCUCACUUUCCCUCCCAUCUGCUACGCACUAUGGCACAGGCUCACCUUUGUUUGCUGAUGCGCAUGUGUGUGCUGGGACUCGUUUCCAGUGAGGCUUUUCACCAUGGGUGUAUUUCAGUGUAUGUAUAUCUUGAAAUAAAAAGAGCAAAUCUUGACUAAAUCAUUCCCCCAAAACAUCUUAGAAAAUAUUAUUUUAUGGAAUUGCAAUUUUUAAUUCUUUGGAUGCUUUCUCAGACCAAGUGGUUUGUUUGAAUCAAAUUCCCUGUAAAUAGCUUUGGGUAUAAGCAACUGGAUUGUGUCAGAUUAUGGCAUUACUUAAGCCUAGCUGUGUAACCUCUUAUGCCAUAGCUGUUUCAGUAAAUAUUAUGUAGUAGUUUAAAAAUAGCCUAAUGGAACAAAGUAAUUUACUUAUAUUGCUUUUCAAGACAAACUUUGUUUACUUGUAGUUUAAAAUCCUAUGGCAAACAUUGAACAGUUUUGCCCAAGAAUAAGGAACUUGAGAUUGUUUGCUUUGCCAAGCAAAUCUAUAGAUUGCUGUCAGUCAACAGGCAGUUUUUUCCCUUUGGUUUUGCGUGGAAGUGGUGAGAAUUAUUCUACAUAAUAUUUAGAUUAACUGUCCAGUAUCCUGAGAAAUAUAGGUGACUUGACUGGGAGUUUCAGUUAACCUGGAAACCUAGCAGCCACUUUCCUCCUAUUACAGUUUCCUGUAAUAAUUUUUUUAAAAAUGUAUUUUGGAUGCUGAUGUUUUUAAUAUUCUCAUGAUGCGAGAGCCCAUUUUUGUGGCCUCUCUCUGGGUUUAGAGGCUCUGAUGGCUAAAUGGCUAAACCUGCCAAUGUUGUUCAUAUAAUAAUGUCUUAAAAACUUGUGCUCAGUCUGAACUAGGACAAAACUGCUGCUGAAUAAAAUACUGAGCAUUGGGCCCUCUAUUUUUGUGCUUUUAAAAAUGCACUGAUCAUCUUAAUAUGCUAAAAAGCAAAUCAGUAAGCUCUCUGAGAAUUAUACUUUGAGACCUUUACACUUCCUUGAUGUUUCAUAUUCCUGGGUUUACAGUAGUUAAUCUCCAUCUGGCAUGUGACACUCCUAGAACCAAAGGACUGAAUUUAGCCCUUGGAUGCCAAUGGCUGCCUCCCGCUGGAUGCAGUAGGGAGUUUUGCCUGUCAGCCUAAGGAUAACGUUUGGUCACUUGAAUGUUCAGCAUGAAUAUGUGGUGUCUGUAAUGAUGGUAUUGGUUCAUAGUAUAAGCAAGAAAACAUACCUGUAUCUGUGUAGAAUAUAGCCAACUUUGCACUUUAGAAAUUUCUAAUCUUGCAAUUUCAGUACAAUACAAUGUGUUUGUAAAUAUUUCUUCCUGUCUUUUUAAUUUCGUUGCCCUGAUUUCCGUACUGUGGUAUUGGUACAAUUUUUAUGGGAAAUAUUACUAAAAUGCAUUUUUAAUUGUCUAUGUAUAAAAUAAACUUAUGAAGUGUAUCUCUAUCUUCAGUGCAGAGGGAACAUGAGACAGUAAUUCUUCUAUUUUCCAUGUCAUUUCAGAGAAGUUAAGUUCAUGGCUUAGGAUUUGCCUGGGGGAUCAUAUAUAAUAUUUUGUCUCGUCCCUAUGCCUAGCAUCUAAGCCCGAAGCUUCAGCAUUAACGUAAAUCCUGUUCAUGCUUAUUAUCCCUAAAAGUCUGUCUCUAAAGAUCAUUGUUGCCAAAUUAAAGCAGUGUGAGCUAGACUGUUUUGUGUGUGUGUGUGUCACACACACACACACAGACAGACAGACAGACUGGCCUGAUUAAGGGAGGAAUAAAACCCACUGAAAAUGACUGUCUGGCAUGGAAGACCCCUGUAGUGGGGGGGGUCUGUCUCUAGAUCCUGAGGGCGCAGCAUUGCGGCCCUUCCGCAGCAGAUCAUGGGUUUGCUCCAAUUGUUCCCCACUGGAGACGCUUUCAAAUUCCAACAAAUGUCACUCAGCAACUGAGGGGGCUCUUGAGCAGCUUUUCGUGUAGUAAGGCCCACCUUGUUUCGAGCUGGCAUCUGUGUGGGUUACAAACUAGUAUUUGAAGCAAGUGUAUACUCCGAUUAAUUAAUUGAAUGGAAUAAACCCUGGUGAGAUUGACCAAGCAGCCUUAUUUUAUGAAGACAGUCACCAUGCAGUCUUAGGUUUGAUAGUUUGAAAAUUUGUAUAUAACCAUCAGUUUCAGAAUACUAUUUAAAAUAAAAAUAAGCAAUCAA